UAUAAUUAAACCCAAACUUAUAGCACACAGAUAACCAGAUCAUUGUAAUUUUAUCGAAGCUUUUUACAUGACAUUAUGACUAAGAAUUCGGUACGGACUUAGGUAAAUGCUCAUUUAUCUUGCAAAGGUCCGUGCCGUGAUGGCUAUUUACUCCUCGCUACGCCUUUCCUGACUGGAAAGUUUACCACACAAACAAAAACUAGCAGAUACAACAAAAAUUCUUGAAAAGUGCUGAACCAAUGGCUGGCGCGUUUACUAGUCCUUGGUCGUACCUCAAGAGUGUAGAAAACCAUAGUUAUUUUCCUCCGUCCUUGCUACCCAAAAAAAAAAAGAAAAUUUCACCAAAUGAUAAACCGUUAACAGACAAGCAGUGGAUGGAUAAAUUAAAAGCCGAAGAAGCCAACCGUGAUUAUUUGUCGUUAAUACAAAUUGUAUCUGCCAAGAAAAUCAAAAUAAACGAUUUCCUCAACCCAGCCAGUAAAAAGAAGGUAAAAACUGAAAACGGCCCUUCCACUUCACAAUUGUUCAAUGAAAGUGUUGUUAAAGAACUCGAAGAAGAGGAACACAUUGAUGUCGAAGAUAGCGAAGAACCAAAAAAGAAAGAGGAAGAUGAAAAAGAAGGAGAAGUAAACGAUAUCGAUGAUAAGUUGGAAAGUGAAGUCGACGAUGAGUUAGAUGAUGGGACUGACUACAAUAAAAAUUAUUUUGAUAACGGGGAAGGAUAUUUAGAUGAUGAGGAUGAUGGUUUGGAUGAUAAUGACGCCAUCUACUAAUACGAUUCAACUAUUAUUUUUGUGUAAUGAGCUUUAUUAUUUUUUAUGUAUCAUAUUAUAUGUUUUUCAUUUGUUACCUAGGUUAAUAAAAAAAAUCCAUUGUAUUAUUAAUAUAUUUCUCAUUAAAUGUAGUUACUAAUUACUGAUAAAUUUAUUUUUUACGAUUGUAAUUUUUGUAUAAAUCCGUUUUUGUUUUUACAAUUUCUAUCUAAUACCAUUGUUUAUAAAUAUUAUAGACAACCCACGGAGACAAAUUUUAGUUCUGUACGUAAACACGGGA